ACUGAAUAGAAGUUUAUAACCGAAAGAAAAAUCUUCUUACAAGGUUAAUUCAUGUGAUGGUUUAAUGUAGGAAUUUUCUUAGUGUUGUUGAGAGCUUAUUGAUGGAAUGAGCACGGCUAAGCGAAGCACAGCACGCUCUUUACCUUGCGUUUUAGAAGACAGUGCGAUUCAUGAUAACCAACAAAACGGUACCGGUAUCUUCUCGUCUUUAUAUGCAACAGAAUUGGUUGGCAGAUUCAAAAUCGCAGUUAUUGGUGACAAGGGUUGUGGAAAGACAUCCCUUUUAAAUUCGUUUGUAAAUAGACGGUGCGAGUUUGAUGUACCACUGUUAUUUGAAGAGGGUGUUUCAACAGUGAGAUCUGGCACCAAGCAUGUUGACUUUGUUAUUUGGGAUUUAUCUGGUUGCAUAGAAUAUGAUGGUUUGCGCUAUGAACUUUACAAGGAUACCGAUAUGUUUUUGAUUUGUUUUGAUAUAGGAGAUUUUUCGACGCUUCAAAAUGUGACGGAAAAUUGGAUACCAGAGCUUGCAUCAUACGAACCUAACAUUCCUUUUAUUUUGGUUGGAUGUAAACAUGAUUUGCGUUCCAACAGCAAUAUCAACAACAACAAUAACAAUAGCAACAACAAUAUAAACAACAAAAACAACAACUACGACAACAACAAUAACAAUAACAAUAACAAUAAAAACAACAGCAACAUUAAUAACAUUAACAACAACAACAACAACAACAACUUUAACAGCAACAUUAACAACAACAACAACAGCAACAAUAACAACAACAACAUUAAUAAUGAAGGCAGUUUUUCAUCUAGUACAAAUGAAGAAUUGAAAUACACAGUUGAUAAAGAAACGGCUUUGCGAGUUGUGCGUGAUUGGGGCGCUAAAGAUUAUGUUGAGUGCUGCGCCCGAACAGGGUUUAAUGUUUCUGAAGUUUUUCGAGUCGCAGCCCAUACCUUUAUAUCUUCUUCAGAGUCUGAGAAAAGCAAUUCAAAGCCAUUAAAAGGAUUUUCAAAAUUCGCGAAAAGAAAAUCAGUUGAAAUUGGUGAAAUGUUUCAGCAUGGUACAAGUAAGAACAGCCUUGCAUCAAGACGAGGCUCAUCAUACGCUUAGGGAAAAUUGUUAUUUUCAGAUUUUAUAUACUAUACAGGAAGAUUUAUCUUGUAAAUAGAUCUAUAAUGCAUAUUGUAUUUUUUAAACGUAAAUAUAUUGUUUAAUUUAAA